UACACAUAUUUUUUACAGAUGAUUUCUACGCUUCGCGCCUUUCUUAUAGACUCACCGUGCCUUAUUUAAGACAUUUAUGUGUCGCUCUCUAAGGCGUUUCCAUAUCUUCAUAAUAUUAAAAUUAAUAUUGUAAAGUUCUAAGAUUAUAGUGGAAUAUGAAUUAUUUCACGUGGAGUGUUGUGUUACUGACAUUAUCGAGGACAGUGUUGUGUGAGAAACAACUCGGCAGGCGACGAGUCGUCCCCGUGAUAUACCUUCAAGGUUCUCACUAUGAUGUCGGCUUUGACGUCGGUCGUAAUUUUGCGGCCAUCAUAAAGAGUUUUAUAUCAUCAUAUGGAAAUCUAAGAGAUUUUGAAAAAGAAUACAAGACGGAUACUGGAAGAGAUGCAUACGAUAAGACACUCGCCAAUAUGAAAAAACGGUUUCCUUAUUACGUAAAGGAAAUGCAAGGAGUCGCAGACGGUGCUAAUGUGCCAUUUCAUCAGCUCUUCUUAUUGCAAAUGGAUGACAUAAUCGGAACAAUCAACGACAACCACCUACCUCGUAACGACACAGGGGGCUGCAGCUCUUUGGCCAUUAAAACUCCUAAUAGCGCAGUACUAGGACACACCGAAGAUGCAUUCAGUGAAACUUUAAAUCACUUCUAUAUCAUGUCUGCACACAUCAUCCCCACUCAAGAGGAUAGAGAACUUGGAGCUAUUGAAGAAAGGUUCAGCUCGCUUUGCUAUGCGGGUCAUUUACCUGGUUACACAAUGGGUUACAAUGAAAAUGGUUUGGUGUUUUCCAUAAAUACACUUAGUCCUUUAGUGCUGAAGCCUGGAAACACUCCACGGACUUUCAUCACGCGAGCUCUUUUAGCGUCAAAGAGCUAUAACGAUGCGGAAAGAAUUCUACGUGAUGAAGGAUUGGGGAUUGGAAAUGGUUUCUCUAUGAACAUGAUUUGGACAAAUAAGGCCGGUGAAAAACAAAUAUACAACGCUGAAGUGGCACCCGAUCUUAAGGGCGAUAGAUCACUUUUAAACAUUCAUAAGUAUCGCGAUGAACCCUUGGUGCACACUAAUAUAUAUCAACGUAUACCUGUAAAAGAAGUUAUUGGGCCAAUAAUAGAUAGUAGCACAUUUCGCUUGAAGAUCAUACAUACUCACGCGCCCCCAAACAACCAGAAAGAUAUCAAAGAUAUUCUAUCAGACACCACCGGCAUUGAGUUCCAAGUUUUCCAGGAAAAGAAGGAUUCAAUUAUCAAGACUAUCGCAGCGGGUAUUUUCGAUUUAGACAAAAUGACAUGGAGUAUCUUCAUCAACAAGCCGAAUAUAUCAGAGCCAGUAGCCAUUUUACCUAUAAGAUUCUCAAUGUUAGAUAAAUCAGAUCAAUGAGAACUAACCGAAUAAACAGCGACUUAAAUUAAAUCUCAUGUAACUUGAUUUAUACAUGAGCUAUAAAAAUAAAUAUGUGUAAUAUCUACCUACAUAUAUAUAUACAUAUAUAUCAUUAAGAAGUUGUAGAUUUGCUACUUGGUGUGGUUAUAGCUAACUUGGUAUUUCCAUUUGUAUUUUCACGAUUGUUUUAAAUAGUGUUUUAAAAUCUCAUACAAUGGUCACGACCGCCAAAGAUAAAAAUCACGUUUCAGUAACCUAUAGCUAGGCAAUUAUUAUACAGUAGGUAUAAUAUAUUGUAAUACUAAAAUGCUAAUUAUCCGUGUUACAUAACAUCGGCAUUUACCUGCUACUACUAUUAUUGUUGUUAAAUGUAUUUGGUAUAAAUAAGAGUUUGUUAUUCAGUCCACAAAAGACAAUAUUUGCUAAAGCUAUUUGUCUUUUGACUGUUGUGUAGGUUCACUAUUAAUAGCCUAUACGUAGAUUAGGCAAUUAUUUUACUUCCCACUUAUUACGAAACAUAUUAGAGAAUGAAUAGCAACAAUUCAACGAUAAUUUUGUAGGUUAGUGACCAAUCUUAAGGUCACAGUAUUUAAACAAGGAAUUAAAUCUAUAAUUGUGGUGUUACCAUAAUGUUAUGUAGAGAUUAGAAUAUUUAUAGCAAAAGCGUUAAAGUGUGUUGGUGAAUAAUGAUUUUGAAAAUAAAGAUUUCAAUUGAAAA